AUGAGUAGUAGUGCAUCUCAGAUCUGCUACACGUUGGUGCACGAUAAUGCUCAGGACCAGUAUGGCGCUCAAGACCUCAGAGCAGCUCUCGAGAAGGGUACCGAUGAGGUCAAACUUGAGACCCUCAGACGCAUCAUCGUCUCCACUUUGAACGGAAACUCUCAACCGACUCUAUUGAUGCCGAUCAUUCAAUUCGUCUUACCAACCCGCAACAAACAAAUCAAAAAAAUGCUCCACUUCUACUGGGAAGUAUGUCCAAAAUACGACGAAUCAGGAAAACUGAAGCAAGAAAUGAUCUUGGUCUGUAACGCAAUUCGGAAUGAUCUUCAGCAUCCUAACGAAUACAUUCGUGGGGCCACCCUUCGUUUCGUCCAAAAACUACGCGAACCAGAACUGUUAGAACCGCUAGUCCCAACGAUCCGGACUUGUCUGGAACACCGCCACUCUUUUGUUAGAAAGAACGCCGUCUUCGCGGUUUACUCGAUCUACCAGGCUUUUGAUUAUUUGAUCCCUGAUGCUCCGGAGCUGGUCCAAACCUUUCUCACUGCCGAAUCAGAUUUAACCUGUAAACGCAAUGCCUUCAUCAUGCUCGUCAAUACUAGUCCAGUCCGGGCCAUCGAAUACUUGGUCCAAGUCUACGAACAAAUAUCCUCAAUGGAUGGAUUGAUGCAACAAGCUGUCAUCGAACUCAUCCGAAAAGAUCGUGAAGGCAAAGGGGAGGGCGGUAAGGAAGAAUUAAAAGUGAUUGUCGGUGGAAUGAAGGUCCGAUACAUCCGAAUCAUUUCUGAUUUGCUAGAAUCCUCCUCGCAUUCUGUCAAGUACGAGGCAGCGAUGACUCUGACAACACUUACUCAAAAUCCAGCCGCUGUCAAGGCAGCUGCAGCCUGCUUUAUAGAUUUGAUCGUCAAAGAAAGCGACAACAAUGUCAAGAUGAUUGUUCUUGAUCGGGUAGAAGCUCUUCGCAGCAAGCAUGAACAUGUCUUGGAUGAUAUGGUCAUGGAUCUUCUCCGCGUUCUUUCUUCGCCUGACAUGGACUUGCGCAGGAAAGCAACCAAUUUGGCCUUAGAUAUGGUCAGCAGCCGCAACGUGGAGGACGUUGUCCUUUUUUUCAAGAAGGAAUUAAUCAAAACAUUGAGUGAAACAUUUGAAAAGAACGCCGAGUAUCGACAGUUGUUAAUUCAAUCGAUACACACAUGCGCCAUUAAAUUUUCGGAAGUUGCCUCGAAUGUUGUCCAUGUAUUGAUGGAAUUUUUGGGAGACUCUAACAAUUCUGCUGCCGUGGACGUGAUUGCAUUUGUCCGAGAGGUUGUUGAGAAAUUUCCGGACCUUCGAUCUUCCAUUAUCAAAAAACUCCUGCAAACCUUUGGAGAUAUUAAAAGCGGAAAAGUGUUCAGGGGUGCCCUUUGGAUCGUGGGUGAAUAUUGCACGACCGAAGAAGACAUGCUCGAAACUAUGCAACAGAUCCGUACGGUCAUCGGCGAAGUUCCAAUUCUCGCCUCGGAGCAACGUCUGCUGGAUGCCGCCGAAGCAGAAGCAGAAGCAGAAGCCCAGGGUGAUGACAGCGGGAAUUCGAAACCAGUCCAGACCACUACGACAAAGGUUCUCGCAGAUGGUACCUACGCAACAGAGACCAGCUUCUCCGUUACUGCCUCUGCUAGUCUUAGCAAGGUCAAAGCCCAAUCCAAGCCUCCUCUGCGUGCCCUGAUUCUCGGUGGAGAUUUCUACACUGGUUCAGUCCUGGCAUCGGCGCUCACGAAACUAGUCCUCCGCUUCGUGGGACUCUCUCAAAACAGUAGUCUGAUUAACGAACUAAGAGCCGAAGCUAUGUUGAUGAUGACCUCUGUGAUUCGUGUCGGUCAAUCUCAGUUUGUUUCUGUACCGAUCGACGAAGACUCCGUCGAACGCAUCACGACUUGUCUUCAAGCUCUCGCAGAAGUAUCCCAAUCAAAGACGAUCGAAGACAUCUUCCUUCACGACACUCAAGCUGCUUACACUCAGAUGAUCGCUCAUGUGGAAAAGAAAGCGGCAGAGAAACGUGGCAAGGAUAAGAAAAGUGUCGCGGUUCAGCCCGAUGAUUUAAUCACCUUUCGCCUAUUUGCUAAGAAAGGCGACGGCUAUGUUGAUGACUAUGAAGCCGACUUGACCCAAGCUACCGGAAAUCUCGAUACUGCGAAUGACUUUCUAUCCAAAUUGAGCAGAAUUGUUCAAUUGACUGGGUUUUCCGAUCCUGUUUAUGCUGAGGCCUACGUCAACGUCAACCAAUUCGACAUAAUGUUGGAUGUUCUGAUCGUGAAUCAAACUCCAGAAACCUUACAAAACUUGACGGUCGAGUUUGCCACGCUGGGGGAUCUGAAACUAGUCGAACGGCCUAUCCCACACACAUUAGGGCCGAUGAGUUUCCAAAGCAUCAAAGCUACGAUCAAGGUAUCCUCGACUGAGACUGGUGUGAUCUUCGGAAACAUUUUUUACGAUGGACCCGCCACUUCGGACGGUCAUUGCGUGGUCCUAAACGAUAUUCAUAUCGACAUCCUGGAUUACAUCAAGCCUGCCUUCUGCAAUGAGAACCAAUUCAGGUCUAUGUGGACUGAGUUCGAAUGGGAGAACAAAGUGAACGUCAAUACUUCAAUUGAUGAUUUAAGAACAUAUUUGGAUCAUAUUAUGGCUGCCACAAAUAUGUCUUGUUUGACACCGGAUGCAGCUCUAUCGGGAGAUUGUGGCUUCUUAUCUGCCAACAUGUAUGCCCGAAGCUUGUUUGGUGAAGACGCAUUGGCCAAUUUGAGUAUCGAGAAGGCUGAUGGAGUCCUUCAAGGGCAUGUUAGAAUCCGAAGUAAAACACAAGGCAUCGCCUUGUCUCUGGGUGAUAAAAUCACUUUACUGCAAAGCAAAAAAGCCACUGCUGCUGUCCCCACCCAUUGA